AUGCUUGCAUUACUCUCGCAGUUAGUCUCUUCAACUGUUCAGUGCCCAAUCGGAACACAAUAUUUCUAUGCUCAAGAGAUCAAUAAAAUAAUUGCACCAAAUGAAUGGUACUACUUCAUGUCUUCUAUGUCUAAAACAAACACAAGACCUGUUUUUCUUGUUUUAAAGCCAACACAUGAUGUAACAGUUUACCAAUCACGUCAAUCUGACUGUCCAGAUGAAGAUGAUAUUCUCGUUAUGGAAGCCAAGGCGAAUAAAUUAAAUAAAGUUCAAGUCCAAGUAUACAACGAAUAUGGUUUCAUGAACUUUGGUGUGAAGAACUACGAUUAUGAAACAUAUAUAGAAUUCCAUUUCGAUGGACAAGGACCAGAAAAGAUUUUCUGGACUCCCGGUAAGAAGUUGUUCUGCCUUAUCGUUGCAAUGAUUGUUUCAUUAGUAACAAUUUAUAUUUAUCUUACCAAUCCAGUUCCAGAACACGAAAAGAACGACUAA